CUAUCAGACGCGCCUUCGCGGUUGCCGCUGUUGAAGAUUCCCAGAGAGAGAGAGAGGGAGGGUGAAGGGGAUCGCUGCGCUGCGUUUUCCUUCUUUUAGCCGAUCCCUUUCUCUCCUCCUCUCCCCUCUCAAUAACAACCCCCUCCCGCCGGUCUUCACUCUCUUAUUCCGGCAUUAUCCGGCCGGAAAGUGAUCGUUCGGGGGAUCUUUAACACCCUCUCUCUCUAAUAACACCGGACGGUGCGGAUCAUACCCUUUCUUUGCAUUGUUCCUUUAGCUUGGCGCUCCUCUUGUUUUUGGUCUGCCUUUUCUCGAAUCCUGGGGUGACUUCGCCUGUGGGGUUUCGUGUUUCGGGGGGUGCUAGGCAAAAAUCGUGUUUCUUGGUUGUGUGAUUUUGGGUUUCCGUUUUAGGGGGAGGAUCUUGGGAGAGUCGAGUCGGUGCAUUUGGGGUUGGGGGCUUUCUCGAACUGAGGGUGUUGUGCGGGUCGUAGAUGUCUUCCCUGAGCUCCUCCUACUGGUGCUACCGAUGCAGCCGGUUUGUGAGGGUGUGGACCAGGGAGAGCGUCGUCUGUCCCGACUGCGAUGGAGGGUUCGUCGAGGAGAUUGAUAGUCCCGGCAGGUCGACCGAGCUCCGCCAUCGUCGGUUCCCGGCUGCUUCUGUCGGUCGGCCCACUAGCCGGUCCAAUUCUCCCGGGCGAUCGUCUCCGCGCGCUUCCGUUGGUCAGGGUUCGAGCUUCGGCCGGAGGAACAGGGGCAGCGGGGAGAGGUCGCCAUUCAACCCCGUAAUCGUCCUACGCGGGCCCCCCGGGGAAGCCGGUCGCGGGGCGGUGUUGCCUGCGCUCGAGCGGGGAAGGUUCGAGCUAUACUACGACGAUGGCGUCGGAUCGGGGCUCAGGCCGCUCCCGUCGAGCAUGUCCGAUUUUCUGAUGGGAUCCGGGUUCGAUCGGCUCCUUGAGCAGCUGAGCCAGGUUGAGGUGAAUGGGGUCGGACGCUGCGAGAACCCGCCGGCGUCCAAGAGCGCGGUGGAGGCGAUGCCCACGAUCAAGAUCGACCAGAGCCAUAUCAGUUGCGAUUCUCACUGCGCCGUCUGCAAGGACCCCUUCGAGCUCGACGCCGAAGCUCGGGAGAUGCCGUGCAAACACAUCUACCACUCCGACUGCAUCCUUCCUUGGCUCUCAAUGCACAAUUCUUGCCCAGUCUGCCGCCACGAGCUUCCUACCGACGUUCAGCCGCCGGCGCCAAGGACUGCCCCUCAAGCCACUGAUGCCCCAGAGGAAGAAGACACGGUCGGGUUGACUAUUUGGAGGCUGCCUGGUGGUGGGUUCGCCGUCGGCAGGUUUUCUGGUGGCCGCCGUCCAGGGGAAGGCGAGCUUCCGGUGGUUUACACGGAAAUGGACGGCGAUCUCAAUUCUGGAGCGGCGGCAAGGCGGGCGCCUUGGGUUGCUGCUCGAAGCAGCAGCUCAAGGCCGAGUGGUGGUGUCGGGCAAGCAUUUAGAAGGUUCUUUUCCUUCCUCGGCAGGCUCCGCCCAUCGUCUUCUUCAAGAUCGUCGAAUUUGGAAUCUCCGAGGGAUCGCAGCAGGCAGCAUGGUUCGGCAUUGUCCAGGCCCUCGAGGCAGCAUGGUGCGUGGGCAUUCGAAUAUGGUAGUGGCGUUUCCAGAUGGGGUUAGGAGCUUCCGUUCAUGCCGACGGCGGCGGCGAUGGUGGUUGGAGGAAGUUUGAGGGAUCAUUAUGCUCCUUUCUUUUGGUGGGAUAAUUGUAAAAGCCAUGUCUGUUAUGCAUAUUCUUUUUUUCCUUGAUUGUAAAUAUACAACCAUGGUGCAGACGACAAAUUUGGGAACUUCAAAAUUGUGACGGAGUAGAGAAAUCAAUGGGGCUUCUCUAAAUCAAGAAAGAGAUGCAAGAAAGAUGGAGUCUAAUCUCGUGAUGGAGAAAAAAGAAAAGGUAAAGUCCAUCCUGAUCAUCUGUUCCCGUGACCUGAAAGAGACACUGUGAUUAAGCAUCUGCUUUGGAUGAUUGGAACUGGCAAUCCCUUUUCUGUAUCAUGCCCUCUGCUAAUGAUGUGAUUAUUCAUUAAUUCUUUUCA